GCAAAUUUUUAUCAAUCAUAGAUAUAAUAGAUGAGAUGGGGCUUCCAUUUCCACUCAACCAUCAAUGGAGCAUUGCUUCGACCCCAUAGCCAAAAAUGAGUGAAACAGAGGUGGAGGAAGGCCUCGACCUCCAGCAAACGCGGUCGGGCUGGUCCAUCGCCGAAAGCCUCUCCCCACUACGGGAAACGGUCUUCAUCUUCGUGAUAUGCAUGGCCCAAUUCAUGACCCAGGCCGGGCUGGGUAGCCAACUGGCCCCGCUGACCAUCAUCGGGGAGUCCUUCCACAUCACCGACAACGGCAUCCUCAGCUGGUUCAUCGCAGGCUACUCCCUGACGGUGGGCACCUUCAUCCUCUUCUUCGGCCGCUGCGGCGACUGCUUCGGCUACCACACCAUGUUCGUCAUCGGCUUCGUCUGGUUCGGCGUCUGGUCCAUGGUCGCCGGCGUCAGCGUCUACAGCAACCACGUGCUGUUCAUCUUCGCGCGCACCGCGCAGGGUCUCGGGCCCGCGAUGCUCCUCCCGAACGGGCUGGCCAUUCUGGGCGCCACGUACCGCCCCAGCCCGAAGAAGGACAUGAUCUUUGCCAUCUUUGCCGCGACGGCCCCCAACGGCGCCAUUAUCGGGGCUAUCUUCGCGGCGCUCUUCAGCCAGCUCGCCUGGUGGCCGUGGACGUUCUGGGCGAAUGCGAUUGUGUGUCUGGUGCUGGCGGCGCUGGGGUGGGCCGUUCUCCCGCGCAUCCACCACGAGCGCGAGAAGCACGGCAUGACUCUAGUCGAGUGGAUGCAGGAGCUGGACGUCGUGGGGGCGUGUCUGGGUGCGCCCAUCGUCGGCUGGCCGACGGCGUAUGUGUACGUGCUGCUUAUAAUCGGGAUGGUUCUGCUAUGGCUUUUCUUCGGGUGGGAGCUGCGCGUCGCGACUAAGCCGCUCAUCCCGUUCCAUGCGUUGACGCUGGACGUCUCCUUCGUGCUGGGCUGCGUCGCCUGCGGCUGGGCCAGCUUCGGCAUCUGGACGUACUACCUCUGGUUGUUCCUGGAACAUGUCCGCGGUAAGACGCCGUUGAUGGCCGCGGCGCAGUUCGUGCCGCCCGGGGUCUCGGGGCUGUUGGCCUCGUUCACGACGGGGUAUUUGUUGAGUCGGAUCCGGCCGGGGUGGAUCAUGCUGUUUGCCAUGGUGGCGUUCACGCUGGGGAAUGUCUUUGUUGCGAUUGCGCCGGUGCAUCAGACGUACUGGGCGCUGACCUUUGUUUCGUUGGUGGUCAUGCCCUGGGGCAUGGACAUGUCGUUUCCUGCGAGCACGGUGCUGCUGUCGAACGCGGUCGAGCGCCGGCACCAGGGCAUUGCGGCCUCCUUGGUCACCACGGUGGUGAACUACAGUAUCUCGCUGGGACUGGGGUUUGCGGGGACGGUCGAGGUACAUGUCAACCAUGGCGGAAAGACGUUCCAUGAUAGAUUGCUGGGGUAUCGCGGGGCGUUGUACAUGGGGAUCGGACUGGGAGGGCUGGGAGUGGCCGUAAGUGUGAUUUACCUGGUCAAGAGUGUCUUGAAAAAGGAGCCACAGGGAGAAGAAAGUAAAUAGCUCAUAGACAUAGA